AGGUUAAAUAUUUGUUUAUCUGUAUUAAUAUAAGGAAAUUAUCUCUUAAGUAAUGAAUUUAUCAAUAAAAGCUGCACUUGGAACGUACAACACCCACAGAUGGGUUGUUAAAAUGUUCCAACGACAGUAUUCCAAAGCGGCUUCCAAGAUAAAAGAUAUGAAACAUGAGAAAGUGGAGAAAAGCGGUGCCAUACAAUUUAAAAGGUUGCCCGAGUUUGUUCAGCAACGGGAAUUGCUCUGGAACAAACUGAAGGAGAAUUACAAUCGGGAAUUGGUAAAUAAGCCGCAACAUCCCAUUAAAGUUUCGCUAUCGGACGGCAAACAUAUCGAUGCCGUGUCUUGGCGAACGACCGCUUUCGAUGUCGCUAAUCAUAUCAGUCCAAGCUUUGCCGAAACUGUGAUAGUAGCAAAAGUAAACGGAGUGCUGUGGGACUUAAAUAGGCCGCUAGAAGAAAACUGCCAUUUGGAACUAUUAAAAUUUGAUAAUGACGAAGCUAAGUCAGUAUUUUGGCAUUCGUCCGCACACAUCUUGGGAGAAGCUCUAGAACGAACUUUUACCGGCUACCUCUGUUACGGUCCGCCGAUUGAGGCUGGAUUUUAUUACGACAUGUAUCUGCACGAUAAAACAAUAUCGUCUACAGAUUUUCCUCAAUUAGAAAAAUGUAUUAAAGAAAUUAUAAAUGGAAAGCAAAAGUUCGAAAGACUCGUCGUCCGAAAAGAUGAUCUUUUCGAAAUGUUCAAAUACAAUCCGUUUAAAGUACGGAUAUUGAAUGAGAAAAUCAAUUCGCCCACGGCUACCGUGUAUCGGUGCGGAUCUCUAAUUGAUGUCUGCAGGGGUCCCCAUGUUCUCCAUACUGGCAAAGUGAAAGCUUUUAAAUUAACAAAGAAUUCGUCGACCUAUUGGGAGGGAAAUUCGGAAUCGGAAACCUUGCAGAGAGUUUAUGGCAUAAGUUUUCCCGAUACCAAGCAGUUGCAAGAAUGGGAACAGUUUCAGGAGGAGGCCAUUAAAAGAGAUCACAGACGGAUAGGAAAAGAUCAAGAAUUGUUCUUCUUCCACGAUUUAUCUCCGGGUUGCUGUUUUUUCCAACCGCGAGGAACUCGCAUCUACAACACACUUAUUGAAUUUGUCAAAGAACUGUAUCGGGAACGAAAGUACCUAGAAGUGGUUACCCCUAACAUGUUUAAUGCGAAGUUGUGGGAGAAAUCGGGCCAUUGGGAUCUGUACGCUCACAACAUGUUUUCAUUUAACGUGGAAAAUGACACCUUCGCCCUAAAACCGAUGAAUUGCCCUGGCCACUGCUUAAUAUUUCAACAACGCGCCCGCUCGUGGAGAGAACUGCCCUUUAGAUGUACCGAAUUUGGUGUAGUUCACAGAAACGAACUGUCCGGUACACUGACUGGUCUAACGCGCGUGCGUAGAUUUCAACAGGACGAUGGUCACGUGUUCUGCGGUAUCGAUCAAAUUCAAGGCGAAAUAACCGAAUCGUUAGACUUCCUGAAUCGUCUGUAUACCACUUUCGGCUUCACAUUUAAUCUGGUCUUAUCGACGAGACCCGAAAAGUUUUUGGGCGACGUCGAAAUUUGGGAUCAAGCCGAAAAGGCGUUGGAGAAUAGCUUAAAUCUCUCAGGAUAUUCGUGGUCUUUAAACCCUGAAGAUGGCGCGUUUUAUGGUCCUAAGAUUGAUAUCAUCGUAUUGGACGCGUUAAAACGCUCGCAUCAGUGCGGAACCAUACAGCUCGAUUUUCAACUACCAAUCAGAUUUGAUUUGUCAUAUAAGAGCCCUACAGGAGAGAAGAAACGUCCCGUUAUAAUCCAUCGAGCGCUUCUAGGAUCGGUCGAACGCAUUUUCGCCAUUUUAACUGAGCACUACGGAGGAAAAUGGCCGUUUUGGUUAUCUCCCAGACAAAUAAUGGUCAUUCCUAUAAAUGCCAAUGUACACAGUUACGCGAUGGACGUGGAACGGAAACUGUACGAGGCAGGUUUUAUGGUCGAAAUAGAUCUCGACCAAGGCGAUACGUUUAAUCGGAAAAUUCGAAAUGCCCAGCAAGCUCAGUUUAAUUUUAUACUUGUUGUAGGAGACAAGGAGCAAGAAAAUAAUUCCGUAAAUGUAAGAACGCGAAACAAUGAAAUUUUUGGGGAAGUAUCGCUAAGCAGGCUAAUCGAAAGUUUGCAGCAACUUAAAAAGGAUCGUGUUAUUGAAGAUACUCUGUAAAUUUCGUGUUAAGUGGUUAUAAAUUUAUUUAUUGUUAUUACAA